AUGGCGCCUCGCGUGCUGCACGUGUCCGGGACCAACCGCCAAGUCGGGCUCCAGGUCGGCAGGGGCACGAGGAAACAGAUCCACGACUUCAUGGGCUCCUACCACCGUUCAAGAGACAUUGCCUCCUACAGACCAGCGAGGGGCGGCGGGUGGUUCUUGAGGGCGGCGAAAACGGCAUACCCCAACUAUGUGGAGGAGCUGGAGGGGAUGGCAGAGGGAUCAGAGGUUCCGUUCGAGCACUUGUUCAUCGUCAACUACGAGUUCGAGCUCGAGCUGCUGAACAUGAAGAAGAAAGAAGAGGUGGAAGAGUUGAAAGGCUGCACCACGGUCUUCCUGAACUACCGUGACGGCCCGAGGGUGCUGGCACACAACGAGGACGGCCCGGCCGGCGAGCAGGGGUGCCUGGUGGUGGCGCAUGUCGAGCCGUACAGGCUGCCCGGGGGGAAGACUCUGCCGGAGGAGAACUUCGUGUCGUACUGCUACACGGGCAUCCUGCCGGGGGUGGCGUACUCCUUCAACUCCCACGGCCUGUGCGUCACGUGUAACACGCUGGUGUCAAAGGAAGCGGAGGAAGAUAAGAUCGGUGUAUCGUUUGCUUGCCGAGCGGUACUAUCCGCCACCUCCGUUGAGGAGGCCGUGGCAAUGCUGAAGGGUGACGGUGUCGGCAUGUGCAUUGGUUACUCCUUCAACAUGGCCAGCACCAAGGACAGCACCCGGAGGAUGUACUCUGUAGAGACGGCCGCGGCGGUGGGGCAGGCGACCACUCUGGUGUCCGUGCACGCUGUGGAACCGGCGGACGGGAGUACUGAGGGACAUUACUACCACUAUAAUCUAUAUGAACACCUCUCCGUUCCCGAGUGGCCGAUGAGCCCCAGUUCACACCACAGGAAGGCACGAGCCUCCGAAAUGGCCGCACCUCGGAACAAAGGGGACGUUCUCGCUGUUCUAGGUGACAUAAAAGACCCGGAGUACCCGAUUUACCGGUAUGGAUCAGGAAAGGACAAGGGAUACACACUCAACACAGCGGUGUUCGACCUUCAGGAGGGUGUGUUGGAGGUUCACACUGCCAACCCCACCACUACCAAGGGGCCGGCACUGCAGUUCUUCCUACCAGCUUGAAGCCCCGUUAGAAAUCAAGAUCUGAACUGGGCCGACAUGUCCAGAUGGGCAUUUUCGGCCAAAGUACGGCUACGUUUUGUCUAUUAUUACUUGGGCUUUGAGCAAUUCUUAGCAGGUCGUCCGUUGGGAUAUUAACAUCCGUGAUGUUAGAUGUUCACCAAAAGUGCAGAAAAGACAAUAACUUCAACUUUCCGGAAUGAUACACCGAGCAGAUUUUCAUUAAAAAAUACGGUCGACGCUCGACGAGCUCUAGCCGAUCUAUAAAGUCAACCGGUGUUCGCUUGAAUUGUGACGCAGACGUAAAGUCGACUGGCCUAGUGGACCAAGUAGUACUUGGACCAGUGGAUUGCGUCCAAGUACCUCCCACAUACGUGCCAAAAGCAACAUAACAAAUCAAAAUCGUUUGGUUGGAAGCUGUAUCGUGCUCCCCAUUUGAUACACCAAACUUACAAGCAAGGUUGUGUGUUGUAUGGGGGAAAUAAAUGUGUAUGUUGUUCAUGUUAUACAACUGCAGUUUUUGUAUGGAUCUUUGUCUCUGUUCAUUUUAUGUACCAUUGAAGACGCCCUUAUGUAAAAUUCAGUCCAUAGCCAAUACGUCGUUUGCUGUUUUCUUUUGUUGUUGUUGAUGUUGCUGUUGCAAAAUGGUGACCAGGGACUUCAAUGAUAAACCAAUCGAAUACGUCUUUCUGACAGUGAGUUAUGCUUCGCUUACAACCGGGAUAUUUGCGGAAACGGAAAAUAAAAGUACAUUCUACGUGUUUCGUUGCCUUUUACAUGCAUACUUUUCGUUCCCGACAGGGGGCGGGGCCCGGUUUGGAAAUGUGACCGAAAAUGUAUCCGGGUUUGUCUGUAAAAGGAAUAAUCUUUCUACCAAAGACAGUCACCUCUUUCCUCUCCCCGAACGAUCUGGAAUGACGUCAUGACGCAUAUCAUGCCAUAUGAGCCGCCCCACAUUUCUGCUACAGCUAUCAGAUAAAAAUGGCUGAUGAAAAUGAAUGACGAACGUGAGAGAAUGGCGGCCAUGGCGCGGCCCGUACGACAACCCAUGGACGCUGGGUUUGCCUUCGACAUGCAUGCUCAUGGGCUCUGUGGACCCCAUGGCGGAGUGUAUGAUAGAAAAGUAUGUCCGAGAGCGAGAGGCAAAACUACAGUACGAGCGGACCUUCACCAAGCUGGUGAACUACGUCGAGCGGGGCCCGGAGGGUUUCAGCACCGAGGAGUUUAUCGGACAGCUUCGGGAGAUGGCGGGGAAGGCGGCCGAGGCCGGGCACGACGACGCCCCGAGGCAUCAACGGAACCUCGCCCGGAUCGAGAAGUUGUCCGAAAAAUCAGCAACUUGGGAAACUAUCAGGCUGAUAUUCUAUGACACAGAAGAAGAAUCUUGAAAAGACGUCGAUAUCGUAUUCACUGUAUAUAGCACUAGACAUAACGUUAUUUCUAAACAAGGAUGGCACGUGCGCUACAUGCAGAAUUGUGCUCUAUCUGUAUCGCAUAGAAGACAUCCACAACGUACAGUGAAAUAUAUUUUUCAUCAAUUUAUGAUUUCCAAUGUAUUCAUGAUGUAAUGAUGUAGGAUUACUGUCAUAACCUGGAAUAGAACAUUGAAAUUAUCGAGCCUAUGUCAUUCUUUACGUAGUCAUUUACACAAUCUUCUUUGUGUAAGCUUGAUAGAAAAUCUAUGAGUAUUGUGAGAUUCUUUUUUUGGCAAAUUUGAAUUUCUGAUCCUAGUUAUAAAUCCAUCCGUAUAUCUUCACUGCGAUUAGAAAAAAAAAGUGUGUAGCUGAACGAAGCCAGUUUGCACCAGAAGGGGUCACUUAUUUUGUCAUUCUGUCGUCAAAGAUUUUAAGAACAUCCUACAAUGAUCUACAAUGGUAAAGGGGUAUUUUGACACGAUGUACAGAGUACCUUUGAAUCAGCAUACAUAUACUAUUAAUUUGUGUGAGGGUGUAGUGUAGUUGCCUUGUAUUCCGAAGUUCGAGAA